ACUGUUUACAAUUAACUCCAAGGAACGGAAGAUAGUUUAUAUUGGAUGUUACUGUUGAGAAAGUGCAUCGAAUAGCAUCAGAUGGGGUAUUUCAGUGUCAUCGGUAGCCUCUUUUAGAGCCCAUAAUCAAGCAAUCAUGACUUUGACUGCGAGAUACCAGAAACCCGUUUCUUCAUUGACCUCCAAAGCCCUCGUUUUUCUUUGGGCUCAUCAUUCGACUCUGGUUUCUCAACCUCGGCACCUUUUUCCUCCGAAGCUGUCGGUUCUGCAGUAUCAUCGACAGCAGUCGUGGCCAGCGAUGCACCGUCAUUUUCUGCCUGCUCCUUUUCCUUGGCCUCUCUUGCUUGUCGUUCGAGGUAUCGUCGUGCAGCAGCUUCGAGGCCUCUUCCACCAGGCCGAGUGCUGCCUUCGGGGGGGAAUCCGCUCCAAUCGACCACGGGGACUGCCGUGUUGAUAGAUAUGAAAGAGUUAUAAGAUUAUUGAGAUGAUAAUAUUCUAAUCUUAAGAUAUUGCGUUCUUAUAUCCUUUGAGGCAGUGCUAUGCGU